AUGAGGCUCGACGCCAUUCUCGUAUGCACAGUUUUGCUCAUUCUUGGAUGCAGCGCCGAACGCCCAAAAGUGAAAGAUACUCUCGGAAAUUUGCUCGUCAGAAUCAGUGAUAUCCCGGUCGGGUCAUGCGGCGGCGACUCAUAUUUCGGCCUUGGUAUCAUGGAAGGAUCACUGGAGGAAUGCGAUCGCUGGAAGGUUUCGAAUGGUUCCGGAGACUACGAGGAGCACAAGUGCAAGACAUUGAGAGUUCACGCUGAAAUGCAAAACGGAAAAUGUCAGUGCAAGAAUAACUGGAAAGGACCAAUCUGCAAUGAUUACAAUGGUUGCCCAGAAGGUCAUUCGCUGUACGGAUCAGUUUGCACGGCAAACGUGUGCCAACACGGUGGAGAGCUCGCCGUCGGAAAGAAGGAGAUCGAAUGCAUCUGCCCAGCUCCGUGGGAUGGUAGAUACUGUGAGCGUCUUGCAUGCUGGCGCAAAACCACUCUCGCCCAUCAGCACAGAUACCGCAAUAAUGGCGAUCAUUGCAUUUGUGGAACUCACUACACCGGAGAGAACUGCGAUAUUGUGACCUCGUGCUUGAAUAAUGCGAAAUUGGAGAACGGCGUCUGCAAUUGUCAGGAAGGAUGGCAUGGAGAAUUGUGCGAGAAGAGAUGCCCGAAGGGACAAGUCACAUGCGCCUCAUCGGCUGUUUCGGUGAUCGGUGUGAUGCUCCUUUCAUGGCUAUGCUCGAAGCUGUUGUAA